AUGCCGUUUAAAUUAAAACUAAAGAAAUCCCGACACUACAGUGUCGUUUCCAAGUCGGUUUUCGUCAUUUCCGUGGAAAUGUUGGACAACACCAAUGUUGAGUGUACUCUAUCAUCGGAAAGUACAGGUCAAGAUUGUUUGGACGUUGUGUGUCAAAAGCUUGGUCUUAAUCAACCAAAAUUUUUUGGAUUACAAUACAUGAAUAGGGUUAGAGAGAACACAUUUAGUUGGUUGGAAUUGGAUAAGCCAAUUAAGAGGCAACUGGAUAAGUUUGCGAAGGGAUUGUGUGUUUAUUUGAGGGUUAUGUAUUAUGUUAUAUCAGGAGUACGCUUAUUAAACGAUGAAGUAACGAGAUAUCAUUAUUUUUUACAAUUAAAAUCGGAUGUUAUUGAAGAGCGAAUAUCUUGUACUCCCAUGCAAGCCAUCGAACUUGCUGGUUAUUGUAUGCAAGCUGAGUUUGGGAACUUUAACGCAGAGAGGCAUACAGCCCAUUAUCUAAAAGAUUUCCAAUUAUUUCCAAAGAGUUUUACUGAUCCUAAUUUUUUGGAAUCAUUAACUGAUUCUGCAAGUAAGCAACAUGCGGCUUUGCUAAAUAUUCCUCAAGGUACCGCUGAAGAGUAUUAUAUUUGUGCUUGUCAGCGAUUGAAUGGUUAUGGACAAGAAGUUUUUUUUGUUAAAGACAAAAAUGGAGAAAGUGCCAUUAUUGGGGUUUCAUUAACUGGAAUUCAUGUAAGCUAUAGGAAUGGAAGAGAAGGUAGAAGUUAUAGUUGGAUAGAUAUUAACAAUGUGAUAAACCAUAAAAUCGAUUUUACAAUUGAAUCUGUAAUAAGUAGUGAUCGAGCUGAAUUUCAAUUCUCCGACGUGGAAAGUUCAAAAAAUGCUUGGAAAUUUUGCGUUUUACAACAUCAAUUUUACCGGCAACACGAAAUGAAUUACACGUGCGAUCAAAUGGAUCAAAAAAGCUCGCCAAAUUUCCAACAGAAAGAAGUUGAAAAGCCUUGGCAAGUUGAAAGUUACGAAGACGUAACGAGUUCUCAACAUUGGGGCGAUUCAAGAUCGAGUGCCUCUCAAUUAUUAUUGAGCCAACGAGCUCAAUCUACUUCAGCGCUUGAUUUAAAUACACCCACCGAUAUCGAUAAAUUAAGAAGUCUUUUACCUUCUUAUCGACCAGCUCCUGAUUAUGAAACGGCUAUGCAACAAAAGUAUCGUAACUCUGCCGGGAAUGUGCAAGGUAGAGAACCGAUUAGGAGUGCUCAUACGAUGUUGUAUAGUUCUCAACCGGAAAUACAUCAAACGGAAGCGUUUGCGGCGCAUAUGUACCCUGAUGUUACUCAUAAUAACAUCGAACAAAAAGGUUUUAACGCUGGUUAUCAACAAUCGCAGAUUGAGAAUCAUUCUAAUAUAGCGGAUAUGGUGGAAAAGAUGAGGUUAUUACAUCUUUAUAAACCCCCACCUCCUUACCCAACAAAUAGGAUUAGUUCGAGUUCUACACCGGAUUUAGCUGGGAUUUCUCAACAGACUAAACCACAUUUAAACUUUUUUAAUAAUAUUGUAUCCGGAUCUAGUCCAGAUUUAGUUUCAACAGGUAAUUUUAUAAAUCAACAAUACAUAAAGCAUUACGGCCAAGCUUUGUAUGCAAAUCAACCUUCACAUCCAGUACAUCGUUCUCAUAGUUACUUACCACCACAACAUGGAACAUACGAAAAUUUAUCGUCGAUUUUUAAUAAUAACAUGCUUGGUAGACAACCUCAAGCUGUUAUAAUGGAAAAUCCGAACAUAACGAAGCACAUAAAAAAAGUAUAUGAUGAACACGGAAAUAUAAUUUAUUGCAUGCCUGCUAAUAUGAAACAAAUCCUUCAAGAAAAUCAACUCCCAUCAACCGGAUUUGUUGUAACAAGAAAUCAAAAUGCAAUUGUGGCUCAUUCGCCAGAAUUAAACGGCUCAACCGAACCGAUUUAUGAAAAUAUUCCAUUACCAUGGCAAAAUAAUGGCCAAAUGAGAGCUCGAACGCAAAGUAUUCAUUCGGCGCCGGAAGUGAGCCAAGUUGUUAAUCAAACGGUGGUUAAUGCGAUUCAAUCAAAAGUUAAUUUACCGCAAAUUAAUCACCCAAGUAAAGAGAAUUUAUACGCAAAUAUAAGUAGUCACUCGUCAAAAACUGAGUUAAAUAAACAAUCUUCCUUAACAAACUUAAACGAAAUUAAAAUUUUUAAUAAAUCUAAUCAAAAUUUAAAUCUUUUACAACAACAACAAAACGAACAAAAUCAAAUUAGAAGUCGAACUAAUACGUUUUUAAUGCAUACGAAACCGAGUCAAAACACGCAAUCAAAUAUGAUGACUGUUUCACCAACGACUAGUAAUUUUAAUGAUUCCUCUGUUACUGAUGGUUCGGGGGACGUUACUGUUUCUUCUUCGGGUAGUAGUAAUGUUAGUAAGAAAAAGAAACGUUGGGGGAUAUUAAUUGGGAGGAGUAAAUCGAGUGAAAAGGUUAAAAGUGCUACUUUGGGUAGAGAAAAAGAUAAAAAUAAGGAAAAGCAACAAAAUAAUAAUAGACAUAGAUGGUCGACGGGUUUGCCGAGAUUACAACAUCCACUUCCGCCAUCUAUUAGCAAAGAAACAAUGUGCCAAUUAUUAGAAAAUAAAUUAACUGAUAAUCAUUUAUUUUUUGAAUUCGAUAAGAUACCCAAAAAGAAACAAAAUGCCGAUUUUACAACUGCUUUACUUCCGGAAAAUGGACUUUUUAAUCAUUUUAAAGAUGUUCUUCCAUACGAGGAUAAUCGAUUACGAUUGACACCUUCCAAAGAUAACAAAUACGGAUAUAUUAAUGCUUCACAUAUAACUGCUACUGUUGGUAGUAAACAGCGCUUUUACAUCGCAGCUCAAGGUCCAUCGAUAAAAACCCUUCCAUUUUUUUGGCAAUGCAUUUGGGAAUCGGAAGUUUACCUUUUGGUUCAAUUGACGGAUCCAACAGAAGAUUUAAAUUAUUUACCAGACGCAAAUGAAAGAUGCAUAGAUGUCGGACAAGAUUAUCAAGUAUGGUGGGAAUUUUCUCAAAAAACCGGCCAUUGUAUAACAAGCAAAGUAAGGUUAUGUCAUGUAACCUCGCGGAGAUAUCGAACAUUGUGGCAUUUGCACUAUACAGAUUGGGGUGAUCAAGGUUGUCCACAUUCAGUGGCGCAUUUUCUGGGUUUUCUUGAAGAAUUACAGUCCGUUCAACAACAUUCAAUGUCAGAGAUACCACCUGGACAUAACAAAAAUCCUCCGGUUUUAGUUCAUUGUACCGCUGGAGUUGGCAGGACUGGGUUAACAAUUUUAUGCGAUUUAUUACUUUAUACAGUUGAUCAUAAUCAGGAAGUGGAUAUUCCUCGUGUUGUUGGUUUAUUAAGACAUCAAAGGGCUUACAUGGUACAAACGAUAGCCCAAUAUCGAUUUGUUUAUUCAUUAUUAAUUCAUUAUUUAAAGCAAACAAGGCUUAUUUAAGAAAAAAAAUUAAACAUAAAAUUUAUUAAUUAAUUUAAAGUAUAUAUGAACAAAUUUUUGAUUUCAAUCGAAUUAAAACAUUUAAGGCAGCUACUUUAAAUGAGAAAGAACAAAUUUUAACAAAAUAAUCAACUAAUAACGAACACUUUAUUACUGAAGGCUGUGUAUUAUAAAAUAACUGCAACUGAAACCGUCGAUUAAAAUUCCAUUGUGAUUAAAAUUAAGUGCCUUUUUCACAUUACAACAAAGAUUAGUUAUUGAAUUUUUAAAUGGUAUUAAUGAGGCAACUUUGAAACUUUAUUUAAUAAUUGCUGCUGUUGUG